UCAGCAGGCCCGGGGAGGCAGGACUUCCUGGUGUGGGGGUUGUCAACAGCCCAGAAAGAGAAAGACAGACAGAGACCAAGAGGAGCCGAGGAGCUGAGAGACCGAGCCAGGGGGGCCACGCGGAGGAGACUCGGGAGACCCACGCCUUCACACCGCCGAGGCCGCCCCCUCCCACAUCGGUUUCGACACCCUUGGGGCUUCAGAGGCCGCGCCUGGGCUCCACCGAGGAGGCGCGGGUUCCUUCUUUUCUGGGGACCAAACUUUCCACAGAGAUGCCUCACAGGGUGAGGUGCGGCCCCCGAGGUGGCCUGGGCAGCCUCUGAUCGCCGCCUGCGUGCCCCGGGCCAGGAGGCCCCAGGAAAGCACAGCCCGACAUCUUAGGCGCCGGGACCCCCGGCCCGCUCAGUGGCGGAGGCGCGGGAGUUUGCAAACUCAGCUCUGGAGUUCGGCAGUGACAGCAGCAGGAAAAACCUGCCCCGGCCCCCACCUCCCGCAGCCUCCCCUACCCUGUGCUCCCUUCACCAACCAGGCACCCCCAGUUCCUGCAAGGCCCUUCUGCAAUGUCGGACCCUGACAUCCCCAGGGGCCCUGAUGCCCCUGCCAUGUGGCCCCCCUGUUCCAGGGGUGCCUGAACCCCUAAAAGAGCUCCAGCCCCCCCAACUCAGCUCAGUCCUGAGCCCCAGGGACCAUGAGUGGGGGCAAGAAGAAGAGUAGUUUCCAAAUCACCAGCGUCACCACGGACUACGAGGGCCCAGGGAGCCCAGGGGGUCCAGAUCCCCCUGCCCUGCCAGCUCCCACAGGGCCCCCACCCCGCCUGCCCAAUGGGGAGCCCAGCCCUGAUCCAGGGGGCAAGGGCACCCCCCGGAAUGGCUCCCCACCGCCUGGGGCCCCUGCCUCUCGUUUCCGGGUAGUGAAGCUGCCCCACGGCCUGGGAGAGCCUUAUCGCCGAGGUCGUUGGACGUGUGUGGAUGUUUACGAGAGAGACCUGGAGCCCCCCAGCUUUGGCCGACUCCUGGAGGGAAUUCGAGGGGCCUCAGGGGGCACUGGGGGCCGAUCUUUGGAUUCCAGGUUGGAGCUGGCCAGCUUUGGCCUGGGCGCCCCUGUCCCACAGUCAGGCCUGUCUCAAGGCCCCACCUCCUUGCUUUGCCCACCCCCCACCUCCCCUGGACCUCAGGCCCGCUCCUUCACUGGGGGGCUGGGCCAGCUGGCGGUACCUGGCAAAGCCAAAGUGGAGACACCCCCCCUGUCAGCCUCCCCACCCCAGCAGCGCCCCCCAGAGCCUGGGACCGGGGAUAGCGCAGGCACUUCCAGGGCUGCCACACCCCUGCCUUCCUUGAGGGUAGAAGUGGAGGCUGGGGGCUCAGCAGCUGGGACCCCUCCACUGUCUCGAAGGAAGGAUGGAGACAUGCGGCUGAGGAUGGAGUUGGUUGCUCCAGAGGAGAUGGGGCAGGUGCCAGCACUCGACUCUCGCCCCAGUUCCCCGGCUCUCUACUUCUUCCCUGAUACCAGUCUUGUUCACAAGUCUCCAGACCCCUUUGGGGCUGCAGCCCAGAGCCUCAGCCUGGCCCGCUCCAUGUUGGCCAUCAGUGGUCACCUGGACAGCGAUGACGAUAGUGGCUCCGGAAGCCUGGUUGGCAUUGACAACAAGAUCGAACAAGCCAUGAUUUUCUUCUGGAAGCCAAAAGUUAGGCCAACCAUCUUGGAUUACUGUGGCUCCAAGAAACGCGCAUUGAAGGGGGUGGAGAAGACUCCCAAGGCAGUUGAGACCUGCAAGUUUGUCGAGCCCUCCAGAGAGGAUAAGCUCCCCAGGAUGGAUAUGCCCCCUCAGCUGGCUGAGCCUUGUGUGUUGGCCAAGGCAAGAGACGGGACCAAGAUGGAGCUGGGUGGUGAGGGUCGAUCCCUGCUGCGGCUGCCCCGGACGGCUGUUCAGUCCGUUUCCACGCUCAUGGUCUCCGUCCUACAGACCGGCUGGCAAAUGUGCAGCUGGAAGUCAUCUGUGAGUUCUGCAUCCAUUACCUCCCAAGUGAUGACCCCAUCCCCGUUGCAGACACCGGAGGCUGAGUUGCUGCGGGAAGUGUACCUGGUGCUGUGGGCCAUUCGGAAACAGCUACGACAGCUGUCCCGCAGGCAGGAGAGGCGCAGACGGUGCCACAUCCGGACCCACACUCCCCCCAGAUCUCACCCAGUUCAGUGCCUGAAACAGGAUGCCCAAAGUCCCCUCUAGGGGGGAACCCCAGAUCCUCCAAAAGCCCCACCUUGCUCUUAGGUAAGGUUGCUAGGGGGUCAGGGCAGCAGGCCAGAAGUUGUGAGUGAGGAGAUGUUUUCAUACUGUCACCUUUCAUUGGGAUCCCAAGUCCAGGCCUGGGGUCCCACAUACUCCCCUUUAUUCUGUUUAUUCAAUUUGUAAAAAAUUAUCAAAAUAUUGGGAAAUAAAUAUCAGAUAUUUCUCA